AUGUUUUACCUUAACAAUGCAGAUACCGUUCCUCCCACUGCAUACAUUACAGCAGCGACAUCUUAUACAAAUAGUUUUAAUGUUCCCGUAAAUAUUUCUUUCAGCAAGCCAUGUACUGGUGGAGGCGGUUUCAGAUGUUCCUCCACGGAUACCUGCAAUCUUCUUGUCUAUGGUGCUGGUCAAGUUGUACCUACUACACUCAACAUCAUUGAGCCUGGCCUUGAAUAUUCUCUUACUGUAAGUUUGUAUUCAAGUAUACAAUAUGGACGAGUAAUUUUAGUCAUGGACAGAAACUUCUGUACAGAUCUAGCCGGAAAUAAAUUUACAAGAACGGAAAAAUCACAUUUGUUUGUACGUUUUGAUAGAAGAAGCGUCUUUGUCAACAUAAGGACUCAUGUCCCAGAGCAGCUAAUUCAACUUAAUGGUGAAACUAGAACCGUACAGGCUACUAAUAACCAUGAAAACCUAAAAGUGGAAGAUCUAUCUACUGUUUCCAUAGUCACAAUCAGCCUCAAUUCUAGCUUAAUAAUUAGCAGACAGGGCACUGCAGUUUCUCCUGUUGCUCCAGUUACCUUUCUUUUUGAUUCUCAGAGGCCUUCAGUGAGGUUGACAACAAUAUCUAGCACAAGGAAAAGAGCGAGCCAUAAUUCGGUGUUGAUAAAGUUCACAAAGCCUGUAUUCGGCUUCAACUCUUCCUAUUUAUCGAUUAGUGGAGGGCAUUUGUAUAGCUUUCAAGAAGUGAGCAGGAGCAUAUAUGUUGUACAGACCAAAGCAUACAAUUACACUGUGUCCAUUAGUAUUCCUGAGAACGUUACAGAAGAUGUUGCUGGAAACAAAAAUAUGCCAUCCAAUAUUCUACAAGUGAGGCACAAUUUUGUGCCUGUGGUAUCUGUUCUUUCCACAAUUGCAUCUGUUUCUUUCGUGGUGACAGCAAUAGUAGCCGGGCUUCUGACUCUUUCAACUGCUAGCCUUCAAUCCAUUGGGGCAUUUUCAGUACCAUCUUCAUCGUUGACAUCUGAUCCUGCAAGGAAUCUUUUUAGAAUAGCAUGCCACAUUCAAGUUUUUGCACUGUCUAGAUGGCUGGCUGUGACCUUGCCAAUCGAGUACUGUGAAUUUGUUCGAGGCUUACAAUGGAGUAUCCCCUACUUCAGUCUCCCUUGGGAAAAGAGGCAAAUUCAUCCUUUUCCGGUCAGCUCAAAUUCUACUACUCCACAUUCAUACUAUUCCGAAAUUCACAGGCCCGAGUCUUUUAAGAAUGUGGAAUCACAAGCGGCAAAUUCAUAUGUAGCUGCUUCGAUUUAUGGGUUGCCACUGACUGCCAUGGAGUACAGAUCAUUUUUCGAGAGCCACAAUAUUAAGCCAGAAGCUGAAUCUUUAAUGGAACCACAUAAUUCAAAUGGGUGGAGAGAUUUCGAGAGAAACAUGUUUUGGUUAGCCGUUAUUGGCGGAAGCUUGAUCCUCCUGCAUGUCUUGCUUCUGUUAAUUCUGAAGCUGAGGAAGAAAAACACUGAAAACGAGAACAGUUAUGGAGCACUCCUUUUCCAAGAUUUGAAAUAUUUCUUCUUAUUCUUGCAAUACCCGCUAUUUGUCAAGGCUCAGCAACUCUAA